CUUCUUCUCCACGCCUCGGCAUCCUCCUGACCUCCUCCGCCUCCCACCGUCUCCCCCACCUUUCCCAAAUUAGCACCGCCCCCGCCUCCAAUCCCACCACCGCCACCCUCCCUCAAACCAAGCCGAGCCGCCCGAAUCCGGCACCGCCCGCCCGCUUAUAGCCCGGCCUGACCGCCCCGCACCGACCCCGCGCCCCGCUCGCCCCCGCGCCCCGCUCGCCCCCCUCCUCGUCCGCCUCCUCCGCCCACGCGCCCCCGUCUCCUCCGGUCGACGCCUCGCGCGGGGGGGAGGAGAUGGCCGCAGCGGCCGCCGCGGCGUGCAGGCGAGGCAUGCUCCUGCACAACCACCACCACCAGUGGCCGACGCGGCGGGCCGGCCCCGCCGCCGCCCGCAGCAUCUCGCAGCUCGUCAAGACCAACGGCCGCCGCGCCUUCCUCGUCGACACCCUCGCCCUGGUGAGGAAGCUGGAGUCGCAGGGCGUCCCGACCAAGCAGGCGGAGGCCAUCACAUCCGCCAUCACGGAGGUCCUCAACGACAGCCUCGAGAGCAUCUCCGAGUCCUUCGUCUCCAAGGCCGAGAUGCAGAAGAGUGAGAUGCUGCAGGAGGCCAAUAUCUCCAAGUUCAAGUCACAAGUGCAGAGCUCGCAGGAAAACCAUUUCUCUUUGUUACAGCGGGAGACUGAAAAACUCCGUGGAGACAUUGAUAAGAUGAGGAGUGAACUGAAGUAUGAGAUUGACAAGGUCACUGCAGGGCAGCGGUUGGAUCUGAACCUUGAAAGAGGGCGCAUACGUGAUGAGCUCGCCAAGCAGAAUGAAGAAACCACAGAUCUCACCACAAAGCUUGACAAGGAAAUUCAUUCACUGAAGGCCCAGCUGGAGGCAGCAAAGUAUGAUGUCAUCAAAUACUGCAUAGGUACCAUCGUUUCGAUAUCAGCCGUUGGACUCGCCGUUCUCCGCAUCGUGAUGUGAACCCGACGACAUGUUCUUUCGUUUACCCAUUUAUCCAUGGAGGCCACAAAGAGGAUAGUUCCGAUUCUGUUCCUAGUUUUUUCAAUGGGGGCAAAACUUGGUCAGGGGAAUGCUGUAACAUCUGUUAGAGUGAAAAAGUUCCUCAAGACCUGUAAGAUAGAUCGACCUGCAGAAGGAAUAUACAACCGAAAUGAUUCUUUACCUGUGCUUGAGCUUCGUGGUAUUGUCGCUUAACUAGCAUGCUUCCCCAAUCUCUGCCGACGCGGAAGUCACUGUUGUGUUGCAAUUAACACGCUGUGGACAUCUAAUCCUAGCAAUGAAGGAAGACCUGAUAUUUCCCUA